UCUUCUCCCUUUCUCCUCCUCUUAGAAAACAACCCUCCUUUUAAAAAUAGAAGAAAAAAUAAAUAGAUUCCUGAUUACCAUAUUUCGAAAACCUUUCUCCCUCUAAAUGCUAUUAUAUUCAUUUGUCGCAGAGAAUCAUCAUCAGAUAUUCAAAUCAAUUCUCAUUAACAUAUCCUUCAAUCUAAUCUCCAUAAAUGAUUAUUAUAAUUUCCCAGCAUUGUAAAUCACCUCCUUCAUACUGAAAAGGCAAUGCCGCCUGUAGAUUCCUUUUCCGAAUGGGAUGAGUUGGACGAGUCGGAUGGUUUCCUUCGUGAAUUUGCUGAGAUUGAUCCUUCUCAUCGAUACGGUCGUUAUCUAGAUGUGUUGGGAAAGGGCGCAUUCAAAACAGUCUAUAGAGCUUUUGAUGAAUUGGAAGGCAUAGAAGUUGCAUGGAAUCAGAUUAAAGUAGCCGAUGUCAUAAGGAGUACAGAUGACUUGGACCGUCUGUAUUCUGAAGUCCAUUUGCUCAAGACUCUAAAACACAAGAACAUAAUCAAGUUUUACGCCUCAUGGGUCGACACCAAGCAUGGCAAUAUCAAUUUCAUCACCGAGAUUUUCACAUCGGGAACAUUGCGUCAGUAUCGAAAGAAACACAUGCAUGUACAUUUGAGAGCUUUGAAGAAUUGGUCGAAGCAGAUCUUGGAGGGCCUUCUUUAUCUCCAUAGUCAUGACCCUCCGGUUAUGCAUCGGGAUUUGAAAUGUGACAACAUAUUUGUUAAUGGAAACAAUGGAGAAGUGAAAAUCGGUGACCUUGGAUUAGCAGCCAUUCUUCGCCAGGCUCAUUCAGCUCACAGUGUCAUUGGGACUCCGGAGUUCAUGGCACCAGAGCUUUAUGAGGAAGAAUACAAUGAGUUGGUAGAUAUAUAUGCUUUUGGCAUGUGCUUGUUGGAGCUUGUGACCUUGGAGUACCCAUAUGUUGAAUGUGCCAAUGCAGCUCAAAUAUACAAGAAAGUAACAUCAGGUGUCAAGCCUGCAUCAUUGCAGAAGGUGAGGGAUCCUGGAGUAAGAGAAUUCAUAGAGAAAUGUAUUGUCAAUGCCUCUGAGAGAUUAACUGCGAAAGAAUUACUAAUGGAUCCUUUUCUUCAAUCGGAUGGAGUCAAUGAGAAUUUAGGCAGUUCUCUGCAAUGUCAAUCUGAUCUGAAUUACUCAGAUGAUAGUUGUCAUAGCUCCAAUGCAAAAACUACCUUAAGGGUUAAUGAUACCCUGCCUUGCGUAAGUCGAGACUUCAUGGUGGAAGGUGAAAGAAAAGAUGUCAACACUGUAUUUUUAAAACUCCGAAUACUAGAUUCCACUGGUCAUAUUCACAAUAUCCAUUUUCCAUUUGAUAUUGAAGCGGACACAGCAAUAAGUGUUGCUAGUGAAAUGGUGGCAGAGUUGGACCUUACAGAUCAUGAUGUAACAACCAUUGCCACAAGGAUUGACUCAGAAAUACAAGCUCAUGUUCCAGAAUGGAUACCAGGAGAAGCUCUCGAAGAUAGUUCUGGUGAUUUGGUGUCAGUUUCAGACAAAUGCGAAUCUGAAGAUAAAGACGAAUGUUCCACAUUAAUGAGUGAUUCGAAGCAUCCUUCAGGUGGUUUCAUCUUAGAACAGCUUCCAUCAUGUCGAAUGUAUCAGUUUGAUUCCCCCAACGAAGGCAAUGAAGGCUCUCCACUGAUGCACUGCAGAUCAAAUAUGUCAUCUGAAGUAGAUCUAUAUAUCAGCGAUGGCUGCUUGAGUGGAGUUUUUGAAAGGACAAACUCUCCUGACAAUCACGAGAACAGAGGAGAUAAUCCAACUAUUAUAGAUUCCCAGAGUCAGAAGAAUGAUCCUAGCUUGUUGACUCAUAGUAGCACAGAGGAUAAUGAUGCCUCAACAUGUUUGGAACAGGAAAAUGCAACAUGCACUGAAGAGGUUCGUCAAGUAAAGAACAAAGCUGCUUCUCAUGUUUAUUUUCAGUUGAAUGGUGGUGAAAAUGGUGGCAUUGUGGACCUGCACACUGGACAUGGUGCAUCUUCAUUUCACGAAAACCAUGAAGCAGUUACUGAGCAUGAGAUAGAGGAUAUCAAAAUGAUUGCUAGGAAAUUGGAGGAUCUGUUGCUGGAGCAACAUAAAGAAGUUGAUGAGUUGAAGGGAAAGCAUGAUAUGGCCAUGACAGAUGUUAUGGAGGGACUGACUCCAGAACUUCAGUGUCACACUUUAAAUAUGUGUCACUUGAAGGUAAUUGAUUGUAAGACACACAACAAGGUGCACUGGCAAUCAGGAUAUUCUACAGAUCCCCGUUCCCUCUUAGUCUUACCACCAGAAGAUUGUCCAUCUCACUUCUGCGAUAGUCAUGUGGAUAGAACUCUGGAGGAUACUCUAAUUGCACCUGCUGGGCCAAAUAAGAGCAACAACUCAGCAGGAAGCUCUAAAUUUCUUCGCAUUGUUGGUGAAGUUUGGAAGCAGGCGUCUGUACAUGGAUCAAAGUUUUUUGAAGGGGAUAUUAAGUCUUCCGAUAAGGGUAUUGCUAUAAUUUUGGGAGAAGUGAUGCUUUGAUUUUGGGAUAUCAUGUGCUGAAGCCUAAGAGAUGCAGGCGAACACGGCAACAUGAAUGGAUAUCCUAUGGCAGGAAUUCAUCUUGGACUCUCCCAGUAACUUUCGAGGUUCUGCAGUGUCAUGUAAUAGAUUUAUUAUUGAUCAUGUGAUGCUGCCAGAAGAGAACAGACUCUGGUCAGAAGUGUCCUACUCUUUAAGUUCAAUAAUCUUUCUAAUUAAGUUAAGCUCACAGUGGGUAUGAUCCAUCUAACUAGGUGCUGGUUCCAUUUUGAAUCAUGCUUCUUGGUUGUUCAUAUUCUGCUAGCAUUUUUGAACAAACAUUUCCCAACUCCCACACCAGAAUCUUUUGCCGCUUUUCUCCAUGCUUCUUGCAACUAUAGCCCUACCAGCAGUUUGCUUUAUAUAAGUUUGUCCAGGCCCGAACAAAUGCCUAGCCAUUUUUCAAUGAGCUUUGGCAACCUUGCAUCUUUUGUUUUGAUGUGGUCCCAUCCAUAUGUAUAUUGUACAUAUAUGUUCAUUGCGAAUCAUUUAACAACACUAGUGAUUUUAAGGUAAUUUUUAUUGUUUUGUGCAAUUUGUAUCUUAAAGAGAGUCAUAUUGGGAAUAUUUUCUAUAGAAAUAUUUUUGCCUUUA